AUGAUCGGUAUUUCGAAAACUGAAAUUGAUAAGCUAGCAUCCGAGUGGACGGAGGCGUUGUAUGAGUUGGUUGCCGAUUUCCCCACACAAGUCGACAUCAUCAUUACGGUGCAACGAAAGCCGAGAAAUGAGUUGGGUGGAGAGGUGGUGAAGAAGAUGGAAUCUCGUCCUUCAUUUCAACCAUCGCUGAAGAGGGGAACGUCGAAUGAUACGACCGAUGAUGUCACCAUAUAUGAGAAUGGUUCGCUUUCU